AUGGGUGCUCUCAAAUACGUUGAAGAACUUCAAAAGAAGAAGCAAUCCGAUGUCCUGCGAUUCCUUCUCCGAGUCCGCUGCUGGGAGCUUCGACAAUUGAAUGUCAUCCACCGCGCUUCUCGCCCUUCCAGACCAGACAAGGCCCGCCGUCUUGGGUACAAGGCCAAGCAGGGCUACGUUAUCUACCGUGUCCGUGUCCGACGUGGUGGCCGCAAGCGACCAGUGCCAAAGGGUGCCACCUACGGCAAGCCAACCAACCAGGGUGUGAACCAACUCAAGUAUCAACGUUCACUCCGUUCAACCGCUGAAGAGCGAGUUGGUCGCCGUGCAUCCAACCUACGCGUCCUCAACUCCUACUGGAUCAACCAAGAUUCAACCUACAAAUAUUUCGAAGUCAUUCUAGUCGAUCCUCAGCACAAAGCCAUUCGUCGUGAUCCUCGCAUCAACUGGAUUGUCAACCCUGUCCACAAGCAUCGCGAAUCCCGUGGCCUCACAGCGACCGGCAAGAAAUCUCGUGGUUUGGGCAAAGGACACGGCUACAACAAGACCACUGCUGGGCGAAGAAAGACCUGGAAGCGACACAACACCCUGUCCCUGUGGAGAUACAGAUAG